AUGAUGUCUGAUCACGUCGCAAAACCUACCAACCCUGACGGGCUGAUCCUCGAAGCCUGGGGUCAGGGCUUCAUGGUGGGGAGUCUACUCAUACUGGCUGCCGUCACGGUGGCUAAUAUGAGACCUGGUGUUUUACUGCACAAAUUAAUCCUCUUAGAGCUAAUUCUAGCUAUGGCGCACGGUACUUUCAUCUUUACCCACGAGCCUGUCUACGGCUGGUACCUCAGCGUCACGGCCAUCGGUCUGAAUAUCAGCUGGGCCUUGCACAAUGUCAUUGCCUGGAUGAAGAAUCGCCCAUUUCUGUCACGCAAGGUUUCACGCUUCUACAUAAUCACUGUUGUCCUCUGUUUCCCGUACUGGGUUCUCGAGAUUUACGCCAACUUCACCUACUUCAACAAUAUCAACAAGAUCUUCUUGCAUACUCGACCUCUGGAACCCCUAUUUCGCGACCCCUGGUGGGUAUUUACCUCGCUCAGCCUGUUCUGGACAAUCAAACGUGAGUAUAGCUUCGGACUAUGGGAAAUAAUCAAGAUCAGUCCUCGGUUUGGAAUAAUGCUCGCGGCGAUGAUUCUCUCCAUUAUCUUCAUAAUAGUGGAUACAUGCAGCGUUCUCAAUGCUUUCAAAAGCGUCCUUCCCACAGGAAUUGAGCCAUUCUGGAAGCUUUCGUUCGUCUUCAAAUGUCUCUGUGAUACAGUCGUGCUGGACGAUUUCAAGACCGCCCUCGACCGUAUGCGCCGGCACUGGCUAGAAAAGAAAAACGGCCAGAUGUUCAUGACUCCUUCCAGCACACCGAAUCCGAGCCCUCGCGCCUACAGAGUCCGCAGGGAUAUCGAAUCGCCCGGAGCUGGUGAAUGGGCUGAAUUCCCCUCUGUCUAUAGCCCCACCAAGCAAUCCGAGCGAGUCAGCCACAGGGAAGAUGCUCAGCUCCAGGGAUCUUCUACAUCGGAUGGACGACGGGGUCGAGUGUCUCCGAUCUCUGGAGCGAGGCCCGGGGAUAUUCCGAGCCCGGACUCGAGCGUGGAGAGAAUCCAGCCCAUGAGGGAGGGGAUCCCCGACAUCCCCUUGCAACGGAUGUAG